CCAACAUUAAGAUGCGAUGACAGUUCUUGGUGGUCGUUUGAUUCGGUUGAAAGUGCAAUGAAAUUGGAAAAGUGACUCAAACAAUGAGUGAUUUAUUCAAAUCUGCGUUUGGGUACUUCAGCGGUCCAGGCGCGGUACAAAGCGACAACCCCUUCGUCGGACAGACAAUAGAGAUCUCGAACGUCAAGUUGCGGAUCCAAAGGGUUAUCGCCGAGGGUGGUUUUGCGGUUGUAUUCGUUGCCCAGGAUGUUGCCACAGGGAAGGAGUAUGCAUUGAAGAGAUUGUUGGCUGCCGAUGAGGAGGCCAAAAGGAAUAUCAUCAAUGAAAUCAAUUUACUUAAAAAGGUCUCUGGCCACCUGAACAUCAUCCAGUACUUAAGCACAUCAUUCAUUGACAAAAGCCAAACAGGUCAUGGCCAACAUGAAUUCCUAUUGGUCACUGAAUUAUGCACAGGUGGAUCGUUGAUGGAGAUUCUACAAUUGCGCACUGCACCCUUUGAACUAGACGUGAUCACAAGAAUAUUCUAUCAAGCAUGCAGGGCGGUUUCGCAUAUGCAUUCCCAAGUUCCUCCAAUCAUCCACCGCGAUUUAAAAAUAGAAAAUCUGCUACUGAGCAACGAAGGUACGGUGAAGCUAUGCGACUUUGGGUCUGCAACGUUGGAGGUGUUCCGACCCGAUAUAUCGUGGAGCGUGAACAAGAGGACUACUCUGGAGGAAAAUCUGGCUCGAUUCACAACGCCGAUGUACAGGGCCCCAGAAAUGAUAGACUCCUGGAGUAACUUCUACGUCGGUCCACCUGUAGACGUGUGGGCAUUAGGUUGCAUCCUGUACACUCUUUGUUACAUGAAACACCCAUACGAGGACAGCGCAAAGUUGCGAAUAAUCAAUGCCAAUUACGUGCUUCCGCCGGAUCCGAAGUAUAGUUGUUUCCACGAUAUCAUACGCGGCUGCUUCCAAGUGAAUCCCGAGCACCGGAUCAGCGUUUCCGGUAUCCUGGAGAGAUUGGCCGCAAUCGCCGAGAGCAACGGUUACAAUCUGAGGGCGCCGCUGGAGAACUUGACGCCCAAACCGGAAGUGGAAGAUUGCGCCGACGGUAAUCAGGCGAAUGGUAUCCGUGCUCCGACGAACCCGGUUCCUAAGAAACAAGUGCCGCAGAGGCCGACUUCAGUUCCACAGAGACCGGCCCCGCCACCGCCGAUGGCACAGAAAGGUCUCAGCAGGGUUCCAGUCGAGGAUCCCAAGAACAACAACAACGCAAACGCUGCCGCCCCAUCCGGACUGUUCUCUUCGAUUAAGGGAGGCGCCGGUAGUUUCUUCAAGGGACUAAAAGACACCAGCUCCAAAGUGAUGGCAACGAUGCAGCAAUCCAUUGCUAGGAGCGAUUUAGAUAUUAGUUAUAUAACAUCGCGGAUCGUGGUGAUGCCUUAUCCAUCGGAAGGCAUCGAGUCAGCUUACCGGACUAACCAUGUGGACGAUGUUAAGGUAUUCUUGGAGACGAGACACCCAAAUGCGAAAUAUUCGGUUUACAAUGUUUCGGGAAGGAGUUACACUUCCAAGUUCGGCAACGCUCGGGUCGUGGAUUGUGGCUUCGCCUAUCCCGAACACUGCAAGGCGCCGCUCCUCAACUCCUUGUACCAACUCUGCGAAGAUGUCUACCAAUACCUGGCAGGUGACAGCAGGAACAUUUGCGUCAUCCAUUGUUUGGAUGGUAAAUCAACUUCCGCUACGUUGGUGUGCGCUCUGAUGAUCUACGCAGAUGUAUUCCGAGUUCCAGAGGAUGCAUUGCAGAUGUUCGCUGUGAAACGUUUUCCGCCGAACAUGAAGCCUUCCGAACUGAGAUACCUUUAUUACUUGACCGAUAUUCUCAAGCAUCCUCCACUGUAUCCUCAUUAUAAGCCAGUCACGUUGGUUUCCCUGCAGAUGCAGCCUGUGCCGCUCUUCACUAAAGUCCGUGACGGUUGUAGACCCUAUUUGGAAGUCUACAGUGAGAAUCGAUGCAUUCUCUCAACGAUGCAAGAAUACGAUUCAAUGAGACUGUUUAAUAUAUCCGAUGGAAAGUGCACUUUACAAAUAAACGCCAACGUUUGUGGAGACGUCUGCGUGAUAGUGUAUCACGCUCGCAACAUCCUCGGAGGUGUUAUGUCGCAGGGGAAGGCCACCGGUUUGAAAAUUUGCCAAAUACAAUUCCACACCGGUUUCAUUCCUGAAGAGGAGACAUGUAUCAGAUUCACAAAAUCGGAUUUGGACUGUUUGGCCGAAGGCAACGACCAUUACCAGGAGAGAUUCGUCGUGAAUUUGAAUGUGUUCGUGUCGGAUUCGGAGAGGCAACCGACCCAGCCGGCACCUUGGUUCACUGAUAAGACUGUCAAAGCUGUAGACACAGUAUUUGGAUCUCAAUUAGAAAAGCACGAAACAUUAGAUAAUUUUGCUAGUAAACCUAAGGCGAAAGCUACACCGCCACCUAGGCCCCAAGAUAAACCUAAAAGACCGAUGCCGCCAUCUCCUAGACUUGCCAGAGUGGAUUUGGUCAAGGAUUCAAGCGAUUCCGAUUCGGAUUCUUUCGUGAAAUUGGAUGACUGCGUGAAAAGAGCUGAAGAAGCUGUGGAUCUCUUGAAUUUGAAUUCAUCACCGAAGCCAGCCGAUGGGAAAACUACAUCUCCCAGCACGAACUUUGACCUGUUGAGUGAUCUGUGCGAGCAAACGAGCGGCAACGCCAAUUACGCGAAGAAUUUAAAAUCGGAUGACAUUUUCGAUCCGUUUGGCACUGCUUCCGCUCCGGACAAUUCCAGCAAUUUCGCUGGCAACUGGUCGACUCAGCAGCAGCAGCAGCCGCCACAAAACACGAACAUUAAUCAUCCGCAGCAAAGUGGUUUGGAUGGUAUGAAUUUCAGUGGGAAUCAGUGGGCUAAUAAUAGUAAACCGCAAACCAAUAACAACGGUAUGUUCACUCCGAAUCCACCCACCACGCCUCAGCACGGCGCUUCCACAACGCCCCAGCAUCACGCUAAAUCUCCGGCCAAUCCCGACUACAGCCGAUCGCAUUUCGAUACUGCUUUCGGUAAGAAAACGGCCGCGCCCGACGUCAAACCGAAGCCAACCGACAUAUUCGGCGAUUUGUUGGGAUCUCAGGGUUAUCAAUUUACCGCUAAAAAGGAUUCGGGUCCCAGAACUAUGAACGACAUGAGGAAGGAGGAGUUGGUCAAGGAUAUGGACCCGGAGAAAUUGAAGAUUUUGGAAUGGGUGGAUGGAAAGAAGCAAAACAUCAGAGCUUUGCUGUGUUCGAUGCACACGAUCCUCUGGGACGGUGCCAAGUGGAACAAAUGCGAAAUGCAUCAGUUGGUCACUCCAGCUGAUGUUAAGAAAGCUUAUCGCAGAGCUUGCUUGGCCGUACAUCCAGACAAGCAAGCGGGCACUGAAAAUGAAAAUCUGGCGAAGCUGAUCUUCAUGGAGAUGAACAACGCCUGGUCAGAUUUCGAAAACGACGCAACGCAACAAAACAUGUUCUCCAGUUAAUUCAAACACACCUCCAUAAAAAAAGAAAACUAUAUAUAUAUAUAAAUACAUAUAAAAUGCAAAAAAAAAAUGGAAAAGUAUUCUAGAUUUUUAAGUUUAAAACCAGAAAGCGAAGAGUUUUUCUAGGGAGAAUCAAAGUAUAAAUUGAAAACAUUCCAUUUUACCGUUUUCGUUUAGCUUCACGAUCAGUUCGAAGCCCAGCCGUACAUAUUACUUUUUUUUGUUGUUGUUUGUUAAAGACGUAUAUAUUUUUUAUGUAUAAUUGAGCUUUUAUCUAUGCUGUUUUCUUUAUAGCUGUGAAUUGAUUUUUUUAACGAAUAAUAUAUGUAAUGUAAUAGUAAUAAUGUUAAUUUAAGACGAAACACUUUCGUUUUGGGGGGCAUCGUUGUGGCAUGAGAGAGACUAUAUGAUAUUAUUAUUGUUAGAUGAAACGAACGGACGUUACGUUUUUUAUUUGCUAUAUGUGAUUUAAAUCCAAGAUUUAGAAUCCGGAGAGACCGCAACAAAAACAGAUGAACGAUAUAUAAAAAAAAUAUAAUAAAUGUUUUCCUGUCAUAUUUAUGAGUACUACCAUCUUCGUAGAACGAUGGACAAUAUUGGCAAUAUGUUUAACUAUUUUAAUUUAUUACUAUAUAUUUUUAUGGAUAAAUAACAAUAAAUGAAAAUGUUUAGUGUUUUAAUCA